AUAUUAUCGAACUCGGAACUCAGAAGUAGCAAGUUGUCCUCGUUGUUGUUGAGUAUUUCUGUUCCCUCAACUCUUAACUUCCCCAUUUUCUUGCGCUUCUCUCACUUGUAUUCUCCACUCUUGGAAAAUGACUAGCCUUUCAAAUUCUUUGGUUUUGCCAAAAAAUCCUCGAAUCCAACUAUCUUCUGGCUCUCAUCUAAAGCCAGCGGACCAGAGCUUUGGGAGUGCCAGCCCUACCAACUUGUUAUUCAAUUCUAAUCAUGUAGGCAAACUGCACCUUUCUACCUCUAGAAGGCCACUCACGGUUCAAGCUUCAUACAGUGAUGGUGGUAGGCCAAGCAGUGCAAGCAUUUUUGUUGGAGGUUUUGUUUUGGGAGGACUCGUGGUUGGUGCACUUGGAUGUGUAUUUGCUCCUCAGAUCAGCAAGGCACUAGCUGGAGCUGAUAGGAAGGAUCUAAUGAAGAAACUGCCUAAAUUCAUAUAUGAUGAAGAAAAAGCUUUGGAGAAAACAAGGAAGGUUCUGACCGAGAAGAUUGCUCAGCUGAACUCUGCUAUUGAUGAUGUUUCUGCUCAGCUCCGAACUGAAGAUCCCCCAAAUGGAGUUGCUGUGAACUCCGAUGAAAUUGAAGCCGCCAUAUGAAUUGCCUUGCUAUUCACAUUGCGGUUUAACUGGUCUUGUUAUCCAUGUUAAGAAAUAAUAGGUGCAUUAUUGUAGUUUUCCUGUUUUCUUGGUGAACAGUGUAACUCUCUCUUUUGGAUGUGUUGUGGUUGUUGCACAAAUAGAUGAAUACAUAUAUUUUGCCAUACAUGGUGGUAAAGAUGCUCAAGUUUUGUGC